CGCAAUGGCCAAGCGCAAGGCUUCGGCGCCGACGCCGAGGAGCCGGCCGUCUCCCAACAUGGGCGUCCUCGCCAUGUCGGGCGAGCCUUCCUCCGGCGGCAGCGGCUCGGCGCUUGUGCCCAGGCCCGUCAGCCUGCUUGGCGAGGCGCUGGGCACCCCCGCGCAGCUUCGGCACGCGCGCUCGCUGGGGGGCCGCGCGGCCGCGUCCAGCGCACCGGGGGUGCGGCUCGAGCGGCUUCCGACUGACUGGGGGCUCAAGCGCUCGCUCGUCAUCUCGUCGCUGGGAUCGCUCGAGUGGUGCGAGACGGCCGGCGGCAGCGUGGUGGACGGAGAGGCGAUGCGCGCCGCCUGCCGCGGCGACGCCGCCAGCCUCGCGCCGCCGCCCGAUCGCUCCGACGCGACUGGCGAGCCCACACACUUGGAGAAGCGCGCGCUUGCCGUGCGGAUGCGGGCGGCGCUGCUCUCGUGGCGGCACCCGGCGCAGCGGCUGCCGCCGAUGGUCUCGAAGCAGCUCGCCUCGGCCGACGCGGGCGUCGCCGAGGCCGCCUACGUCCGCUCCCUCCGCGACCAGUGGCAGGCCGCCCUUCGCUCGCUCUACCACGACCUGCGGGAGGGGAGACUGCCGUACUUUUACGCGCUGCACGACGCGUGGUCGCUGCUCUGGCGCAACGGCGCCCUCUCGCCCGACGAGCAGCCCGCCUCGUCGCCGCUCGAGGAGCGCGCGUCGGCGUCGCAGGAGGCGGCCUGCGGCGGCGGCGAGGGCGGGCUCCGCGGCAGCUGCGGCGAGGGGUCAGUGUGGGAGUACCUGCUCCGCGGCGGGAGCGGCGGCUGCUACGCCGUGCUCGUGCCCUCGUCGCGCGGGCUGCGCAUGGCCCUCCGCGCCGCCGGAGUCGCCUUCGAGAUGCCGCGCGCCCACCUCGUCGCGAGCGAGGGCGCCGCCGCGCUCGCCCCCUCCCCGCCGGGACAGCGCUACCUCGCAGAGAUCGACGAGCUCAACCGCGGCGCCGCCUCCGCCGCCGACCCGACCGCGGGCAGGGCGCGCGAGGCGGCGGGCGGCGGCGACAGGGAGGAGCGGGAGGCGGCACUCGAGCGUUGGCUCUCUGCCUCCGACGGCCGCGCGAGCUCGGCGCUGCUCUUCCGUGGCCCAGCCUCGCUGCACGCGCUGUACACCUUCCUGCUCGGCGCCAAGCAGCAGCAGUACCACCUCUCCGUGCAGCUGGCCGCGCCCCGCGCCUUCCUGCACGGCGCGCCUCACGCACCCCGACUGAGGUACCGAGGCAAGGUGCGCGAGGGCGGCGCGGGUGGCGCGCUGCAGGAGCGGUGGAGGUGGAUUGCGCCGAGCUUGGCGGAGGCGCGAGGCUGGCUGGCUCGAGCGGCGCGCUGCUUCCAGGCACCGUCUCGCGGCUCGUCUCCCUCCUGUCGGAGGCUCAGGCCGGCGAGUACGAGCUGCGCGCCGAGCCGCUCGACCGCCACUCCGCGUGGCUCAACCUGCCUCCUCCCCCGCCUCCGCAAGCCGCGGCGCAGCCCCUCGCAAAGCUCGUGGUCCAGACGCACGGCCGCGCAGAGCCGCCUCUCGACACCGACGGCCAGCCGCCGAGCGUGGACCGGCUGGUCUGCAAGGGCGGCUCGCUCCACCUCGUGUGCUGAGGGGACGGCGGCGGCGGCGGGGAUGGGGGGCGGGCAACGGAGGGCGCCCUCGCGCGUCGUCUCAUGAGCGUUUGCAAGCGCCGGCUCUCCUUUUGUACGAGUUGAUCUCUUUCGACGGGCGUGGGGUUUGAGGCCGCUGCCCUUGCCGGCAGCGGACGCCGCGGGGACGCGGCACGUACGUGCCGCCACUAUUUGUCGCGAGCAUGUGCACUGCAUGUGCACUGCAUGUGUGGCCGGGGUCGGAGCACUCGCCCGUCGCCGCGUGCCGCGCGAGGUCGUGAAUGAAAUCGCUCUGGACACAGGUCCCAGGAGAGAGAGACGACCGCGGCGUCCGGAGAGUCGUACGGCAAUAUCGGGCCACGCACAUGGGUUUCUUUUACAGUUACGAUACGAAAGAGCGCC